GCAAACGCCAUACUUCCACAGCAUUUUUCGGGCGAAGUUUGAUAAAUUUACAAAAUAAUUGUGAAAAACGCGAGAAGAACAUGUAAAGGAGACAAAAACAAGUAACCAAACUAACCAGCUAAAUGGUGUCACCCCGUGCAAUAUUGCGGCAACUAAAAAUACAUCAAAACUAACGCCAAAUACGUUUUUCUGGGAAAAGGCGAUGUGAUAGGACAGAGAGAACGCAAAAAAAAUUAAGUGUGGUGGAAAUUGAGAUUUACGCAUUCUGCUGUAUCAGCUGCGGCGCUGUCGCGGUGUGGCGUGGUGUGGCGCGACGAGAAACACAAACAAAACAAAAACCCAAAACCAAACUAUGAAAUUCGGAUAGAAUUUCCGAGCAGCAGCAGCCACACACUCGAAAUGGACAAGCGAUUCAAAUGGCCAAAGCAGAAGGCCAACUACUCGGAUCCACCCUACCAUCAUCAGUCGCGUGGCGGCAUCGGUGGUGGUAUUGGAGGCGGUGGUGGUCCUGGCGGUGGGGGCGGCGGUGAUAGAGACUACUACCACAAAAAACAUCAGAAAAACCAAAAUUAUUUGCGCCCGCAACAUGGCUAUCAGAAGCAACAUAACUAUCAGAAGCCUAUCAACAAGGGCAGUAGCUACUACAAGCCACCACCGCCAGAGACAUCAACAGAGCCAUCUAUGCCCAGGGGGGGUGGUGGCGCCAUGGCGCCGCCCGCCUCGGUCAACUCCUCGGGCUCCGAUGUCGUCACCCUCAUCGUGGAGAACAACAAUUUGAAGCGCAUGAUUGUGCUCCAUCUGAAUCUGAUGCAGGAGCAGACGGACAGCCUGGCGGCCAAGGAGAAGGAACUGGACGAUCAAACGGACAAGCUGAACACUGUACUCUCGCAGAACCAAGACCUGAAGCUGGUCAAUGUCCAUCUGGAGGCCACCAUCGAGGAGCUGCGAAAGCAGCUAAGAAGAAAGAACAAGAGGGGUGACCCUGGCGACGACGAUAACAAUGACGAUGAUGAUCAUCCACUGCCACCUGCCAUGCAGGAGAAAAUUAUCUGCAAUGCGGAGACACAAACGGAGUUGGAGUUGGCAGCGGCGGCGGCACAUCAUCUGCCACAGGCAGAGCUGCCUUAUCCCUACCAACAGCAGGCGGAAAGCCAACCCAGGCUGGUAAGAGAGGAGACCCGUCGUAGGCCCCGCCUGAGAGUGCACCAGCAGCUGCAGCCCACUAUAAUAAGAGUGGAGCAGCAGCACCAACAGCAGCAGCAGUCGCAUCCUAUAAGAGUGGAGCCUCAGCAACCCACUCAAGCAAUUGAGGAGCGACAGCCACGUUCUGUGAGGCUCGAGCCACAGCCGCAGCAUCGUCUUAUGAGAGAGGAGCUUGUAAGGGAGGAACUACAGAGCAGGCUUUCGAAGGAUCUGCAGCAGCAGUCUAUGCUGGCAAGAGACCAGCAGCAGCAGCCCAGACUUAUAAGGCAGGAGCAACAGCAGCCCAGACUUAUAAGAGAGGAGCAACAGCAGCAGCCUUGUCCCAUGAGGGAUGAACAGCACAGGCCAUUGAGAGAGCAUCAGCAGCAGGAAGAGGAGGAAAAUCAAACGUCACGUGAUCGUCUGCCACAGCACCAGCAGCAUCAUCCAUCAGUCCAACCUCAGUCGCCGCACAAAAGCACCUCCAAAACGACGCUGGUUACUUCUGUCAUAAAUCUGCCCCUGUUGCCACCAAUCAGCACUCCCGCGCCCGUGGAGAGCAAAGCGAGAGGAGAGUACAAUGGCAAGAAGGUCAGCACCAUGUUCCUGCAUCGAGUUAACCAGGACUCUAGCCUCACAUCCUCUGCACAACAUCACAUUGAAACACAAAAAGAGCCGGAGGUGGAGGUGGAGAAACCUUUGCCAGUGGAGGUUGAACAGCAGCAGGUGAUCGAAACGGAAGAGGAGGAGAGGGUGAAACAGCAGCAGGUGAUUGAUACGCAGGAGGAGAUGGACAUACAGCAGGUGGAGUCACUGCAGCAGGAGAUUGAAACGGAGGAUGGGCAAAUGUAUCUGCAGCAGGAGAUCGAAACUGAGCAGCAGAUCAUUGAAACGGAAGAGGUGGUAAUGGAUCAACUGGACCAAAUGGAGGAGGUGGUUCUUGCCCAAGAAGACAACAUUUUCCAUAAUGAACUGCAGCAGCCGGAUGGAAUGAUAAUUCUUGGCGCCGAGGAGGAGAUGGGCGUGGAAACGGUGGAGGAGAUUGUUCAGACCACAGUCUACAAUGGUCAUUUAGAGGAUCAAGAAUGUUUCGACGACGAACAGCAGCAGCAGGAGGAGGAGGAGGAUGAUGAUGAUGAUGAAAGCGACGAAGACGAUGAAGAUAAAGACAGCGACGAGGAGAGCGAGAGCGGGAGUGAAGAUGAAGACGAUGAUAACGAGGAUAGCGAGGACACUGAAGAGGAGGAGGAGGAGGACCAUGAGCUGCCCUCGAAAACAAAUGUUAACAAUUUAGAUGCCUUGCCUCCCAAUGGAGAUGGUGACAGUCUCUGGAAGACGGCCAAUCAUCAGAUACACGCCAUGGAUAGUCCGGAGCAUAAGAGCAUAGCACCAUCAGCCCAUUCUACACCCAAUAAUCAGCUAAAAACGGAUCUUUAUUCACACAAGGAUACAGAGACGCAUCAGAUGCUGGAAGUGGAAGAGGAGGACAGCCAGCAGCCGAAACUCGUCAUUGCCGAACCCUUGGAACAGGAUUCUGUGGAAGUACAGACGGUCGAGGUGGAGUCUUUGGAAGUGGAGACCGAGACCGUGGAAUUAGAGACUGUAGAAAUGGAGGCUGGAGUCGGCAUGGAAACAAUGGAGGUUCAGACUGUGGAAGUGCACACGGAGGAGACCGUGGUGGAGCAAGCUGGAAUGGAAUUUGAAAUCAAAACAGAGGAGGUGACAACCACGACAAUCAGCAAGCAUAUGCUGCCCAAAGUAUGUGAUACCAGUACUCCAGCUCCAGUUCCUGCUACCGCACUCGAUCCUGUUGCUGUUGCUGCUCCUACGCUGACCAAGGCAAACUCUGUUCUCGUGGAAGCUGAACACAAGACGAACUCUGUUCUCGUUGGAGCUCCAACCAAGUAUGAGGCUGUUGUAGAGCCUGUACCAACCAAGGAAGAGUCUGUGGUAGAACCAACUCCUGUCAAGGAAGAGUCGGUUGCCACAGCAACGGUUGUACCAAUGAAAAAGAUGACAGUGGUAGCAACUGUACAUAGGGAACGGUUCUCUGAGGCAGCAACUCAACCCACGGAAAUGCCCUCUGCAUCAGAUGCAACUUUAUCCACUGUUGAGGAGACUGUACCCUGGAAGAAGUCUACUGUUGAAGCAGCGGCUGUACCGAGUAUAAAAUCCACUGUUGAAGCAGAGACUGUACCGAGAAAGAAGUCCAGUGUUGAGGCUGAGACUGUACCGAGGAAGAAGUCCAUUGUUGAAGCAGAGCUUGUACCGAGGAAGAAGUCCAAUGUUGAAGUAACAACUGUACCAAGGAAGAAGUCCAGUGUUGAUGCAGAUACUGUACCGAGGAAGAAGUCCAAUGUUGAAGCAGAGCUUGUGUCGAGGAAGAAGUCACAUGUUGAAGCAGACCUUGUACCGAGGAAGAAGUCCAAUGUUGAGGCAGAGACUGUACCGAGAAAGAAGUCCAAUGUUGAGGCAGAGACUGUACCGAGAAAGAAGUCCAAUGUUGAUGCAGAGACUCUACCGAAGAAAAAAUCUUCUAUCGAAGCGCCUGUACCUAAGGAAACGUGUGUUUCUGUAGGAGCUCUGCUUAUGGAAAAGUCCACUGUAGCAUCGGCCCUAUCAAAGGAGAAAUCGGCUGUCGCAGCGUCCAAGGAAAAGCCUGUUGUAGUAGCUCCACAGAAGGCAAAUUCCACUGUCGAAGCAGUUUUGAGCAGGGAAAAGGAGCAAGGAAAGGAAGCGUCUAAGGAGGUGUCGAUAGUUGCACAAGCAUCUCCAAUCAACACAAACUCUGCCGUUUCAGAAAUACCUCCACCAAAAGCAAAUUCAACGGUCGUGGCAGCUCCAACAAAGGAAAAGGAACUAUCCCCAAUUGUGGAUGUUGCUCUACCCAAGGCAAACUAUUCGCUUGUUGCCGGUAUGACCAAGGAAAAGUCUGCUAUCUUAGAGAAGGAAAAGUCUGUUACCAAGGAUAGAUCUGCUGUCGAGGAACAUACGCGAAAGUCAAACUCCGCUGCAAUAGACGCCAAGCAUAAACGUCCAAAAUCUAAGGAAGAGCCAUUCGAAAAGAAGGUGGAAAGAGUAAAUGAGGCGACAAAGUUGAUUCUCAAGUCGUCAGCGGGGCAUGCUCGUGUUGGUGCUAGCACUGCCAAGGCAAACUCCACGGCUGUGACGGCUUUUAACAAGGAAAAGUCCACUAUUGUGGCAGCGGGUACGCUUUGUCUGCCCAAGACAAAGACCCAGACUGUUGUGGCAGCAACCACCCAAACCAAGGAGAAGUCUGCUGUGGCAUCGGCAGCUAUACCAAAGGAAAAAUCUCUGCUGGAGGCUAUCCAAAAGGCUAACUCUGCUGUUGUGUCGCCUUCAAAGAAAGCAGCAGCAGCUACGAGUCAGACAGCAACAGUUGGGGUAGCUUCGCCUACACAAGCUGCAGCUCCCGCGCCAAUGGCAGCUCUACCGAAGGCCAAGGCCUCCGAACCAGGAGCAGACAAAUCUGAAAUCAAAACGGAGGCGAUUCUCAACAUGAGCGAGGAAGUUAUGUUAUACUACAAGGCAGGGAAUGAUUUCCUCAGUGGCAUAACACCACCCGAUCUAUCCAUUCGAUUUGAACCUCUGAACAGAGUAAAAUCCACGGAAUCAGAGCACAAAAGGAAAAAGAAGAAGCGGAAGAAGAGUAAGAGCAAGAGCCCCUCAAAGAGCGAACACAGACAUCACGACAGGAAGAUCCAUGCAGUGGCGAAUCAUCAUCACUCGUCGCCGAAGAAACGCCCCUACAACCUCAUAGAAGAGAUUCACGACAAGUCAGAGAUGCGUGAAGCGGAUGCACCACCGCAGAAGAAACCAAAACUUUUGCAGGUGAAGCUCAAGCAGCAUGGAAUCUCUAAUGACAUGAAAUUCCAUUCCUCCUUAAUGAGCAACAGCAAACCGCAAACGGACAAGGAGAAGGAGGUGGCCCGUUUAGAGGAGGAAAUGCGUCGCAAGCUGCAGGAACAUUUGAAGAAGGAGCAACGGCGACAGAGUCAACAGCCGCUGGUGUUACUCAAAAAACCUCCCAAGGAUAAUAGUGCCAGCACGAGUUUAAUCUAUCCCCCGAUAGCGCAUUCAUCCACUUCCACAUCAACGUCAACGUCGACGACCCCACCACCAGCCUCUGAAACGACGCCACCACAGACACCGUCAUCGACGCCACCGCCCACGGGCACAAAUCUGAUAUUAGAACCACCCGCAGAAACACAAUCCAAGUCAGAGGAUAAGGACAAGGAUAAAUCGGCCAUAAUCAUUGCUGCACCACUGACACCUGUGUCGAUGAGCAGCAACAGCAGCAGCAGCACCACUUCCAGCACCAGCACAGCCCGAACGAUAAUCCAGAACUAUGCUCACAAAUCCACAUCCAGAUAUCGCACUGUCCUGUUUCCGUAUACGACACGCUCCUGGGAGGAUCAGGAGUUCCAUCGCGAUAACGAGUUCUUCGAUGAGGAGGCUGAUGAAUUGCUGUCGGAUCAUCCCAGUCUGGAGAUACCCAAAUGGCGGGAUACGCCCAUACCGUACAGCGCCGACGACAAGGACAUCGAAGACGUGUCGGACGAAGCCUUUGAGAAGCGUCACGAAAAGUAUGUAAAGGACGAGAUCGAAAGGAAGCGUCGCGAUGCGCGCUACAUGCGGGAGCAGAUGAAGAGCGAAGCCUUGCGGCAGCGACACAAUCAGGAUGAGGUGUUGGUCCAACUCGAUCCGCUGCCCACGUCCACGUUCUACCCCCUGCCCGAGGACAUUGAAGGCGUGGAAAUUGUCACGGAAAUCCCUGUGCAAGCUUUCGGUGAGAAUGUUGUCAACAUGGAGGCGAGGUCGGAUUUCAGCCUGCCAUGGUUGGACUCGGUCAAAGCGCUGACGGCCAUUGCCCGGGCGAAGGCUGAGGCAGUGCCGGUGGCCACGUUAGCUAGCAAAAAGAUACCCCUCACCGCAGCCGAAGCCAGGCACCAGGAGAUGAAUUCCUCGUAUGUGUUCCUCAAGCGGCGCAAGCGACAGAGAAAACGUUAGCCGGCCAGAGGACCCUUCUGGAGUUGAUGAGUAGUAGUAGUUGUGGCGUGCCAAAGGUGGAUCAUGGUGGGCUUCAUGAUCCAAAAUGACGUUGCCUAUGUAAAACACAUUAAUUAUUAUUAUUAUUCCUUUAAAAUAUUUUUUUUUCUAUUUUUAAAUCUUAUUUAAGCUACUGAAAAUAGAUUUUAGUUACUGGCCCUGCAAUCGAUGCCAUAUGGAACUCUAAAGAGUUUCCCCGCUAGAUUGUUUGUCUGCGCCCUCACAACGUAAUCCUAUACAAUACAUUAUUAUGUUAACACUUACGCGCAUCAUAAUUGGUUAAUCCCAUUAAUUAUUUAAUUAGUUUGAUCGGGUUCCAACAUCUCAGCUUAUCCAGAUUUUUCGCAAGUGGAAAACCCACAGCAAGGACAUGUUCUGGUCUCUAAUUUUGGCAUAAAAGCAAAAUGAAAUAUUUAGACUUUUUGUAGUUU